AUGCCUUACAUCGACAAAAAGAAGAACCCAUCAGGUGAUACUUGGUAUUUAGACUUCGGCUGCAGUAAUCAUAUGUGUGGUAAUAAACUCUUGUUCUCUGAUCUAGAUGAAAAUUUUAGAGAAAAUGUGAAGCUUGGAAAUAAUUCUAGCAUCUAUGUUAUGGGUAAAGGGAAUAUUAAAAUUCGGUUGAAUGGUAGCAUGCAAACAAUCACUGGCGUAUUUUAUGUCCCAGAACUAAAAAGUAAUUUGAUUAGUCUUGGUCAGCUACAAGAAAAGGGUUUCGCAAUCCUUAUUCAGAAGGACAACUGUCAGAUUCAUCAUCCGGAGAAGGGGCUUUUUGCACAAGCCCAAAUGACAACAAAUCGGAUGUUCCCUCUAUACACACAGAUUCCACAUGAUGAUCAAACUUGCUUCACUUCAACCACACAAGACACAACAUGGAUGUGGCACUUUCGUUAUGGGCACCUAAACUUUAAUGGAUUGAAGACCUUGGAGCAAAAGAAGAUGGUAAGCAGACUGCCUCAAAUUCAGACUCCUUCAAAGGUAUGCGAGGAUUGCAUUAUUGGAAAGCAGCAUCAUAUAUGUGGACCAAUUAACCCAACGUCAAACAGCAACAAAAGACAGCUUACAGCAGCCUAUUCACCACAGCAAAACGGGGUGGCAGAGAGGAGAAAUCGUACUAUUAUGAAUAUGGUACGAAGCAUGUUGACAAAGAAAGACAUCCCAAAGAAGUUCUGGCCAGAAGCUAUCAACUGGAGUGUUCAUAUUUUGAAUAGAAGCCCCACACUUGCAGUUAAAAACAUGACAUCUGAAGAAGCAUGGACCGGACGCAAACCAGCUGUUGAUCACUUCAGAAUAUUUGGAUGUCUAGCCUAUGCACAUGUACCGGAUCAGAAAAGAGGCAAACUUGAUGACAAAAGUGUGAAAUGUGUCAUACUUGGUGUUAGUGAAGUAUCAAAGGCAUAUAUGCUGUACAAUCCAGUCACUCAGAAGAUCAUUAUCAGCCGUGAUGUUGUGUUUGAUGAAGGCAGUAGUUGGAAUUGGAGCAACACUGUAUCUGAAUCAAUUCCAUUUGAUUUAGAUAUCAAUGAUGAAAGAAGGACUGAUGCACAAAUUCUAGAAGAUAUCUUGCCAAAUGUUCCAGCAAGUGAAAACAUAACAGAACAUGAAGCACAAACUUCCAGAGAUACGAUGUCAAAUGUUUCAGCAAACGAACCUUCUGAAGGCCAACCUUCAAACUCAGAUACUCAACGGAUCAGAAAAAGGCCUGUUUGGAUGAUAGACUAUGUAAGCGGAGAUGAAUUAUCGGAUGAUGAUAAUGUUGCUCAUCAUGCUUUGUUCGCAGACAGUGAUCCAGUGCUCUUUGAGGAUGCUAUUAAUAAUAUAAAGUGGAGGAAAGCUAUGGAUGCAGAAAUAGAGGCAAUCGAGAAAAAUGAUACAUGGGAAUUGACUGAUCUUCUAGCAGAAGAAAAAACCAUUGGGGUUAAAUGGAUCUUCAAAACAAAGCUUAACGAGAAAGGAGAGGUUGACAAAUACAAAGCGAGACUGGUGGCAAAGGGAUACAAGCAAGAAUAUGGAGUUGAUUAUGCUGAAGUCUUUGCACCGGUUGCAAGACUUGACACCAUUCGUUUGGUGGUAUCAUUGGCAGCACAGAACUAUUGGCCAGUUUAUCAACUUGACGUGAAAUCAGCCUUCUUGCAUGGUGAGUUAAAUGAGAAAGUUUUCAUUGACCAGCCUCCAGGUUAUGUGCAAAAGGGGAAUGAGAAGAAGGUGUUCAAACUGAAAAAAGCAUUAUAUGGACUGAAACAAGCACCCCGAGCUUGGUACAGUCGUAUAGAUGCUUACUUCUCUAAGGUAGGAUUCCAAAAGUGUCCUCAUGAGCAUACUUUGUUCGUCAAAUCUGGAGAAGGAGGUAAAUUUUUGAUUGUCUGUCUGUAUGUAGAUGAUUUGUUAUUCACUGGAAAUGAUGAAGCCAUGUUUGUUGAAUUUAAAUCAUCUAUGAUGAGUGAAUUUGAUAUGACUGAUCUGGGAAAGAUGCGUUACUUUCUUGGUAUUGAGGUAGUGCAAUCAUCUUGUGGAAUCUUUAUUAGCCAGAGGAAAUAUGCUCAGGAGGUUCUGGAAAGAUUUUGA